AGUUUGUUCUCGCCGGGAGAUUUUAAACGUUACACACAAACAUGGCGCUACCCGGUAGACGGGCGUGCAAACAAUUUUUACUUCAUCUUGCACAUGAUAACGUGGAUUUUAGAUUACCGGAAAUAAAAUCAUUGUUAUCUCUAAGGAACAGGCCGUUUGAUACAUCUGAAACAUUCAAAGAAAAGUCUCCAUUUUGGCAAUUAAAUGGCUUAUUGGAAGAUGACAUACGCAGCGUCAUGUCAAGAACAGUUUGUGCCAAGUCGGCUUUUGAACUUUGGGGUCAUGGUAAAACAACAUCCGACCUGAAGGCAUCAUUGUUAGAGUAUCCAACAGAAAACAUGGCUCCAUAUUUACAGCAAAAUUUAACAUAUAAGAUCAACGUCUACACUUUCAACAAGACAUUAGUGUUUCAGGACAGAAUCAAGAAGAUUGAUGCUCUAGACUUUCUACCUUUUAAAGGGAAGGUCAAUUUGAAGGAUCCUGAUCACAUAUUUUGUUUGCUUGAAGAUUAUGGCUCUGAUCCAAACAACAUCCCAGAUGAGCCUUUCCAUAUGUAUUUUGGGAGAUGGAUUGCAGAUGGUCAGAGAGACCUAAUCCGCUCUUACAGUGUGAAGAAGAGACACUUCAUUGGGAACACUAGUAUGGAUGCCGGGCUUUCUUUUAUCAUGGCCAAUCAUGCCAGAGUGAAGGCUGGUGAUCUGGUUUAUGAUCCUUUUGUUGGAACGGGAAGUUUACUUGUAGCAUGUUCGCACUUUGGGGCGUAUGUAUGUGGGACAGACAUCGAUUAUAACACUAUUCAUGGAAUUGGAAAAGCCAGCAGGAAGAAUCAGAAAUGGAGAGGUCCAGAUGAGAACAUCCGAGCAAACCUGAGGCAGUACGGCGCUGAGAGUCUGUACGUGGACGUCAUGGUGUCUGACGCUUCUAAACCUUCCUGGAGAAAAGAUGCAUUGUUUGAUGCCAUCAUCACAGACCCUCCAUAUGGCAUUCGUGAGUCAACUAGAAGAACAGGAUCCCAUAAAGACAUCAUCAGACCUCCUGACGAUUUCGCUGGAGAAAACCAUGUCCCGGUUUCAAUGGCAUAUCACUUGAGUGACAUAUUCGCCGACCUCUUGAAUUUUGCAGCCUGCCAUUUGGUUUUGGGCGGGCGUCUCGUCUACUGGCUUCCAGUCUACAGACCAGAGUACUGUGAAGAGAUGGUCCCGCUUCAUCCAUGUCUUACUCUCGUCAGCAACUGCGAACAGACUCUGUCCAGCCACACUUCAAGAAGACUGAUCACUAUGGAAAAGACCAAAGAGCCUGAGGAGUCGGACAAACUAGCACAUCUUGCAGACCCCAGCUUCACACCAUACCAGGGUCACAAUUCCUUCAGAGAGAAAUACUUCAGUGGUCUCACCAAGAAGAAUGGAAGAGAGCAAAAAACGGCUCACAAAGAUUAGAUGGCAAAAAAAGAUGAAACCUUUUCGGGAGCCGUAGAGAAUUUAUUGCUCCAUUAGCAUUAUGUGUUGGAGAUUAAUUGGCGAUGAGGAUUAAAGCCAUAACUGUAACACUGAGUGGUUGUGAAGAGGUAAGUUGUAAGGCUGUAAUCUAAUGUGCACUUGCAAAGGAAGAUGGACUACCGGCCUGCUAUCUAAAGUCUGUGAA